GCAGAGACUCAAGGAAGGAGCCGGGCGCUCGAGCUGCGGUGGGCGUUGCGAGGUGAAACAACAGUCGCAGAUGCCGUGACAGUUGGUCUCUCCUGGCCCAGUCCAGCCCACGGAUCCGCGGUGGAGAACACGAGCACCGCUCGGCUCGCUUGCAAGCUCCGGGGUAGGGCGCCCAGGCCUGUCAAGGACCGCCGAGCAAGGGUCGCCGGGACAGCUGGCCCCGCAGAAAUAAUUGGUAACAAGACCUCUGUAGCCAUGGCUAGUUCUGACGUGAAACCAAAAUCCAUAAGUCGUGCCAAAAAAUGGUCAGAAGAGAUAGAAAAUCUGUACAGAUUUCAACAAGCAGGAUAUCGAGAUGAAAUUGAAUAUAAACAAGUGAAACAAGUUUCUGUGGUAGAUCGUUGGCCAGAGACAGGAUAUGUGAAGAAACUUCAGAGAAGGGACAAUACUUUCUAUUACUACAACAAACAGAGGGAAUGUGAUGACAAGGAAGUCCACAAAGUGAAAAUUUAUGCUUACUAGCCUUCCUGAUAUUUCCUGUCAUUAUCUUUUAAAAAUCCAUUGUUUCAUUCUGCAUCAUGUAAGUGACUGUCAUUGUACAAAAUUCCCCAAAAUGCAGACUCUGAUGGUGUGUUUUGAAACACCAAAGCCAUGAAGCUUGGUCUCUACUAAUCAUCCUGUUCUGUUCUAAAAUAUAACUGCAGUAGCAUUCCACUGGUA